AUGUCGGGCACCGGUAUCUUCCGCUCGACACUCAACCCCGGCGCCAAGGUGUUCACGCCCAGGGCUCAAACCGUCAAGGCCGAGCCCAUCUUCGCGUGUAUUGGCCCUGAGUGCUUCCCAUAUUACUAUACGUCCCUCCCCGUCGUAACAGCCCCCACUCCACUUCCCGCCCCUCUGCCCCUCGUCGUCCACUCGCCCGUCCCGAAGCCCGCGCUGCAGUCGGCAUGGUGGUCACUCGGCGACGAUGAGGACGAGGACGACGAGGACAGCAUAUACCGGUACACUACCUCUUUUGGCCGUGACUCCGGCGACGAAUCGGACGGGGACGCUUCGGAGUCUAGUGACGAGGGGACUUCGGGAUCGUCGCGCUGGGCACCAUCCCUUGAGACUGUGGAGGAGGUUCCUGAGCUAGAUGAGGACGAUUGGAGCCGCCGGGGAGCGGAUGGGUCUGACGAAUGUGACUCCUUGUCGUCCCAAUGCGCAACGCCGGUCACCAGCUCGUCCGAGGUCGGAUACUUCACUUCGCCCGAGACGAGCAACACGUCGAUCCCUCUUCUCGUCUUGACGCCCCCUACCCCCGAGCCUGCCGACCUCCAAUCGGACGGGUACGAGCUUCCCCGGACAGUAAACGGGUUUCAAGGGCGUCAGCUUGAGUAUGGGCAUAGCGGGAUACAGACUUCCCCAUCCUCGCACGCGCUCGCUUCAUACCCGUCGCCCGCGUCCCUCUCUCGUGACUCACCUUCUUCCCCUACCAGUCACUCCGCCCCUCCGCCCCAAGAGAAGGAGUACCACUCCUCGCCCGCGUCCGCGCCGGUUGAACAUUACUAUAUUUACUACGGCUGCUCAGGGCAAUUGAUCGAUCCCGCCACCGAACACCCACCGCCCAAGUCCGACGUCGAGAUUAUCAUGCCGGUCGAGCCGGUCGGGGAGGAGCCAUGGGUCGGAUGGGAACCCGCCAUGCGGGACGAGGGGUACGGCAGCACAUACAGAUCCGACGUUCUCGCCCAAGAGGUCCUCCGGGGCAUGUUAGCGCGUGCAAUAUCGUAUCAGUAUACCAGCCUCCCGCCGGUCAACAGGUCACGGUACGCUGGGCGGGCGCCCAGUCAGGCGGUGGCGAUCAAGCCAGCAAGGACGUAG